AUGAAACAGUCUGCGUGUGUUCAAAUCCGUCCUCAGCUGCUUUGGGUUUCUAAGCAAUUGCUGAGAAAAAAAAAGAAUCGUCCGGAGCUCGAGGAAUCCAUUCAGUCAGGAGAAAUUACAUUGUUCUUCAUUGAGCAUGGUUUCGUUUUUAAAGAUGGCUUCAGGCAUUUCGCAAGAUGAUAUGACCGUUCAUUUUUUGAUUUCAGACAUUGAAAAAUUUCUUGGUCACUUUUAAAUUAGAAAACUGAAUAAUUUUCCUUGAAAGGAAAAAUAUCGAUAAUAUCGAGAAAAAUAUUGAAGAAAUCAAGUUAGAAAAAGUCUUCAGGGCUCUUUGAAAAAAUUUCAAAAAACGUCGAAAAUUUUCAUUACGUAUUAGCCUUUUCAGUUUUAGUUUACAAAAACGGAAGUUAAAAAAGUGCAAAAAAUGAGAAAAAUCUUUUCUGAAAGGAAUUUCCUUUUUUUCCGCUUGGAUGAAAAAAUAUCAAAAAUAUACAUGAUGAGUUAUUGCAAUCGAAUCAAGAAAUUCAAUCAAAUCUAGCCAAAGUUGAUCAGGCGGCUGGCUCUUCUGCCUCUUCCGUGGGAGCUCGCCAGCACGAGCAUGCAGAAGAGCCAGCCGCCUGAGCUGAACGCUCCUCUCGGCGCAGAGGUUGGAGUCAACUCCAAGCGACGGAACGACGGCUCCUGGUAA